AACCUCAGCCAAACACUAUUUCUAAAAUGAAUACAAGUCGGCCAAAACCACCUGCAGCAUUUAAAAUACGAAUAUGGCGGAAAAUCCUUUCAAUGACGUGGAAGAGUCAGCUUAAAAGUAAAUCAAAUAAGGCAGCCUUGUAAAUUUCAAUAAUAAUGUGCUGAAGCUUUCCUUCCGUGACGUAACCAGUAAACAGCCCCCCAAAAAUGAAAUCUAAAGGUGCGUGCGUCUUAAAACCACUGUAAAUGUCGAGGCUUUUGUAGGCAUUCGAAAUAAUUGCCAUUUUAUAUUCUGUGAAUAUCCUGCGAGCUGUCGGUAAUGAGUCCAUUAUUAAUGUGGCCCAAAACUUUUGCUUUCUCUUAAAUGCUUAAGUUUUGUUGGCUUGCCAUUCGGCCGCGACCGCGAGAUCCAAAGAUCUGUCCUGCCCCUGUGUUUCUACGGAAUUUGUCAAUAGCAAUUUUUUCUGUAAAGGGAUUGAAUUUUUCAGGAUUUUUGUAAAAGAAAGGAGAUGAACAACUAUGGAGAUAAUGAAGGAAAAGCUUCCAAGGAAGCAUUGAGAAGACUGAAAAAGUUGCAAGCUCGCCCAGAUAAUCACAUUUGUGCAGAUUGUGGGGCUCCAGAUCCUAAAUGGGCAUCAUCAAAUAUUGGAGUUUUUAUAUGCAUAAAGUGCUCUGGUGUGCAUCGAAGCCUUGGUGUGCAUGUAUCAAAGGUUUUAUCAGUGACACUGGACAACUGGACAGAUAAUGAAGUUGAUGGUAUGGUUGAUGUUGGUGGAAAUGCUGCUGCCAAUGCAAUUUAUGAAGCACUUCUACCUGAAGGUUUUAAAAAACCUGGACCAGAAGCAUCUUUUGAAGAGCGCUCAGAUUUCAUCAGGAAUAAGUAUGAGCUGCAAGAAUAUCUGAAGCCCAGCUUGCGAAUUGCAUCUUCAUUGUCAUCCACUCAUAGCGCAUCUUUUCAAUCUAUGCCUUCUAGCAACAGCUUGAAACCUGGAUUACAGCAAAAACAUUCAAGCAAGCUGCAGGUGGCUAUGGUGGAAUUUACUGGUUUGCUGAAGGUUAAAGUUGUGAAGGGCACAAACCUAGCUGUGCGGGAUGUGAUGACAAGUGAUCCUUAUGUUGUUCUCACUCUUGGGCAGCAAACGAUGAAGACACGUGUUGUGAAGAGCAAUUUAAACCCAGUUUGGAAUGAGGAGAUUAUGCUUUCUGUUCCACAGAGUCUAUCUUCCUUAAAACUGCAAGUCUUUGAUCAAGAUUUCUUAUCGGCAGAUGAUAUCAUGGGUGAAGCAGAGGUUGAUAUUCAACCAUUACUUUCUGCUGCAAGUGUAUUUGAAAGUGCAGGUAUCUUUGAGAACAUGCAGAUAGGAAAAUGGUUGGCUACCAAUGACAAUGCCCUUAUAAGAGAUAGUAUAAUUAACGUGAUAGAUGGAAAAAUAAAACAGGAUGUAUCUUUGAAGCUUCAAAAUGUCGAGUCGGGGGAAUUGGAACUUGAACUGGAGUGGGUUCCUCUUGAUCAAUAGAUAAAAUUAUUAUUAAACAGCAUGCUUUUAAGUUGGCGUAUUUUCAAAAAUGUUUGGUAUAAUACCUUUUACUUAAAGGUGUUACAUGUAAUUCUUUGAAUAGAAUUUUAGCAACAGAUUUCUACAUUUGCUUUCUGCAUUGGUGGAAAGAAUAAUAACAUUCUUGUAUUGUAAAUAGCCAGGUUUCUCAAACUAACAACGAGUGCUUGUAAAGUAGUAACUAUUUAUUGAACAGUGCCAGAAAUAUUGGGGUAUCGAAUGUAAUUGAGUUAAAAACACAAGAAUUUCUUACGUGUAUUAAUACAAAUCAUUGAUUCAUAAAGACA